UUUUAUGGUGUGGAAUGUCAAUGUAACUAGUAAGUUGUUGCGUCAAAUGUGUGGUUGUGUCAAAUGGUGUCGAAACAAGUGCAUCAGGUGAAUGUGAAUGUGAAUGGCAAUUGCUAGUGAAUGGAAAGGAGUUUAUUCGUUCAAACAACAAAGCAUGCGAGCUAGAGUUUAUUUGUAGACAAAAAGCUUAAUUAAUCUCUCUGAGCACCACUUAAAAUGAAAUAGUGAGUAAAUAAACGAAAGCAGUUUAGAGCAGUUAGGUUACAAAACGCAUCAGUAUCAAAUUACAAAAAUCAGACAGUUUCGGGAUUGUUAAAAUCAAGCUGAAGAAGUUAAUAAAAUAAGUAAAUAUCGAAAAAUUGGGAAAACGAAUGUAAAUUCAAUAGUUGCUUAUUCGAAAGUGCGGAGUGGAUAAUUUGGGAGGUAAACAAAAGAAGUUCGUCUGACGUGUCAGAGCGAAGAGAACCAUUAUUGAAGAUUUGCAACGAGUGGGAUGUAUUUUACGAGUAAGCAGAAUCGGACGUCCAAUUAGGACCUUAAUUGAAGGGCUUCCGAGUCAAUAAUCUCGGAAGAAAGUGUCCCUGGACGGGCGUCCGAGCUCGUCGAGUGAACAUAACCUCAAAGGAAGACAGCACGAUAAUGGGUAGCAUGUGCAAUGACUGCAUGGCUCGCGUGCCGUACGCGACCCUCAUAGCCACAAUAAUGUGCUGUUUGGGAGUUGGCAUUUUUUGUGGCACAAUGUAUAGAGGCGCCACACUAUCAUCACUGAUGAUGGACCAGGUCUUCAAUUUGCGGCUUGGCUGGUUGGAAGCCGUGCAGUUGAUAUUUGCAGCAAUCGGAGCAUGCAUGGCAGCCUUAGGAUUCAUGAUUCUUUGUGUCGGUUGUCUUGCCACUGGAGCAACAAGACACAAAGUUUAUCGUGCUUGGAGAUCUAGAGUGGGUGGUCGAAUAACGUGCGCUAUUUUCAUGACCGUUACUUAUGUCUUGGGACUCGGAUGGCUCUUGAUAUUCGCAUUCAUGGUCAUCACGACUUUCGUAUUCACAGCCUUUUGGGGCCUCUGCAGCCAUCCUCGGGUUCAAAAUUUGGAAACGUGCAUUGACUUUACUCAAUUUGAUUUCAUGUUCCCGCAACGAAUAAGACCCGAAGAUCUGAAAGUCUGUGGAGCCCAAGAGGUUAAACUUUUCUGCAAAGAUUAUGUGGAAAAGGCAGAAGUUAUGUUCAUCCUCGCGACUGUUGCAUCUAUGCUCGUCGUUCUGAGCCUGAUACACUACCUGAUGUGUCUCUCAGCAAAUUAUGCACACAUUCGGGAUCACGAGAAAUUCCAGGAACUUCAGGAGCUUCAGUACCUUCAAGACCCCGGAGAUCCGGAUUCUCCUCAACCUGGAAUGGGAACUUUGGCAUCUCAUCAUCGAGACAAAGAUAGGUUCUAGGAUACAGCCCGCGAGAUCUUCGCUUUAAAUCCAUCGUAAGCCUAAUUAAUACUCCUGUUCAGGAGGUAAAGGUGGUUUCUCUUUAGCGAUCGAUUUGUCUCUCUACACUUUUCUCUCUCGAAGUAGGCAAUUUUCGCAAAAUAGGAAACCUCGUUUACAGGGACCGGUUUCCUAUUUUGUUGUGUCGCUCGGGUUGAAUAAUACUUGCACCAAAUGCUCUGAAAAUAGUAGAAAGAGACGUGUGUACCUUGUGAGAACGUUAUUAUAGAAAAACUGGCUCAAGUUAUAGCAGCGCCACUAGUGCCAGAAUUUUGCCGUUUUAAAUUAGUCUAAAAAUUAACGGUAGAGGCGCUCUCCGACAGUGCGACUGAUUUGUAUAGAUGAAAAUUUACAGUAGAGGCGCUGCCAUACAAUUUGACUGGUUUUGAUAGAUGAUUAGCAUAAUAAGAAUUUGAUUAUAUUUUUGGAAGUAUCAUUCAGCCCUGGAUGUAAAAUUCUGCGGUGUUACGCUUAUUGGUCGCUAAAUUGUCGCAGUGUUAAAUUGUCACUGACCUGAGGAUCUUGCGGGAGCACUCAAUGCCGUCCAUUUUCUGCGACUGUCUUUAAAAAUUAAGGUUCUAAUCUUUAAGCGCCAAUAUCUAAUUGAUAAGGAUUUCAAUAAUUAGCUAUAUCGAUCAAUCGAUAGUUAUUUUUCGUUUGUCCAUUGUCGCAAUUUGUUGCAUUUUUUAGUUCUAGACUGUGAAACGCGCAAUGUAAAUUCGAUGGUUGUGUAUUGAGCAGCUUGCUUAAGUAUGUUUUAAGUUCGAUGCACACAACUGUGUCUUCUUUGUUCAGUAUUAUUGAAAAAUAACAUCGACAGGACAGCGGAAUUUUUGUCUUCCAAGUCCUGUUUGGAUUUAAUGGCAGCUUUUAUGAUUUACAUUACAUUCCGCAAUCUGAGAUUGAAUAGAGUGACUUUAUUUUUGUUUAUUAAGAGAGCUGCUACGAUAUAAGUGAUGAAUAUUGCGAGUCUGCAAUUGAAAGAACGAAGAAUGAAAUACUUCGUCUUUCAACUCUGACGUUUUCCGUCUACUUGAAAGCUCAAAGUAUUUCUCAACGAUUUCAUAGUU